AUGGAUCCCACUGGACCAGACCUGCUAUUUUACAGGCUCAUUGCAUGGAAUCGUGCCUUAUUGCAGAUGAAAUCUCUGGGUUUCACAACGCUAAGUUUGGAGCCAAAAUGUCUCAGAAGCGGACGUGCUUUUGGUGAAAUCCUCCAUGGAAUAGACGAAGAUUUUUUCAAUGAAAUGUGGAUUGAGAAGAUCGCACAAUAUGAUUCCGAUUCAAACUGGAGGGUCAAAGCUAACAAUCUCCGUAAGCUCACACGAAGCUUAGGAGAAUACUACGAAGAGUGUGUUCACAGAAUUGUGAAGGGAACACCUUUACUGGAUAUUGAUGAAAUGGAAUUCGAAUUUGUUGAUGGCAUCACUGUUCUGGAUCCCGAUGUUCAAGGAGGCGUGAUGACUGCCAUCCAGUCUGUGAUGGAAGGGUCUGAGAAAAGAGAUAUUCCAACGCCAGUUUCACCGGAGGAGGUGUUGCCAGACGUAAAAACCAAUUCUGGUGCGAGCUCAAGCACUAAUGAUGAAUUGGGAGGCCGAUUAGCCUCCUUGAGCAAAGAAAACUCGGAGUUGCGGCAGGAUCGUGACAACUUGGAAUUGCAACUAGAAAAGACUCGUCAGCAGUUGUACGAAUUGACAAAAGGAAAAAGCGCAGAAGCUUUCGAGCAGGAUCUCAUAGAUCUCAGAGAGAAGAAGGCGCGCUUGGAAGUGCAAGUAAUUGAAACAGAAACGGAGAUGGAAUUACUCAAAGGGAAGAUAGAUUCAGUUUCGCAAGAGAACGAGGAUCUUAAAACCAAGGUGGGACAGAUAAGACCGUUUGAAGAUGAGUUUCGACGUCUCCGAGACGAGGUCGAAGAAUUGCGCGUGAAAGAAGCCGAUCAUGCAAAAUUGCAACAGGCCUACGAACAACUGAAGAAUAAGGCCAAGGAUAGCAGUAACGAUCGCGCAGAGCUGUUGGUUCUGCGAGAAAAAGUGAAGUCAUAUGUCGAGCAUGGAAUGCUGCUUGAGGAUGAACAACGAAAAAAUAAGACGUUACGUACUCAAAUGGGCUCCUACAAAGCUUUGUCCGAAGAGAAAUCCCGAGAAAAUGACAAACUGAUCAUUAAGGUGGACAAGCUGGAGCAUGAGUUAGCCACUGCAAAAGAUCGUUUGGCUGCAGCCGAAGUCCGCAUUGAAGGCCUCGUACAAGAGAAGAUUUUGUUGGAGAACAAGAUAUCCCAUGAAUGUAAGCAUUUUUUUCAAAGCAUUUGUACUUUUUGUAAUGGAGAGUCGUUCAUGGACAUUUGUACUUUAUUUUACCGUGCCACCCUUCAUAUGAAUCCUGCAUUC